AUGCAGCAUAAAGGCAUCAUGCUGAUUGUGUUCUUGGAAUAUCUUAUUUCUGGCCACGGGGAACCAGAUCCCAUGAGGCUACAAGUCUUUCGCUGUAAUGGCCGUUCUUGCAACCCUCCAGUGGGAAACCUGGCAACAGGGAGGACACCAGUCACUCUCACCACGUGUGGCCAGAACAGUACAGAACUGUACUGCUUCUACCCAGACCAGAAUCUCCUCCAUCGGGUCUCUCAUGGCUGUGGGCAGCCUCACUGCACCAAAUGCAAUGCCAACCAGCCUGACAACUCCCAUCUCCCUGCUGACAUGACAGAUGAUUUCUUUGCAAACCCUGUCUCCUGGUGGCAGUCUGCUCAGGGGGUACACAGGGAAGAAAUCAGACUGGACUUUGAAACAGAAUUCUACCUGACCCAUGUCAUUGCUGUCUUCAAGUCACCUCGCCCAGCUGCAAUGGUUUUGGAAAGAUCCCAGGAUUAUGGGCAGACCUGGAGGCCCUACAAGUAUUUCUCUGUCAACUGUACAGAAACUUUUGGACUUCAGGAUGAUCUGAUUGAAGAGGGCUCCAUGUGCACUUCCAGGUAUUCAGAUGCAAUGCCCUGCACGAGAGGAGAGGUGAUUUAUCGUGCCUUAAGUCCGGCUAACAAGAUCGAAGAUCCCUACAGCCCUGAGGCUCAAGAUCUCCUGAAACUCACCAACCUCCGCCUCCUUUUGUUAAAAAGACAGGAAUGCCCCUGCCAUAGUUUGGAAUCGGUAGAGAAACCUCAGAGAUUUGCCCACUAUGCUAUUUAUGACCUGAUCAUCAGGGGAAGCUGCUUUUGCAAUGGGCAUGCAGAAGAAUGUGAGCUUGCCAACAGGACAGGAGUCAUGGAGAACAUGGUCCAUGGGAAGUGUGUGUGUAGACACAACACAGCAGGGGACCACUGUGAGAAAUGUGCACCGCUAUACAAUGAUCAACCUUGGAAGCCAGGAGAUGGAAAAACAGGGGCACCAAAUGAAUGCAGAAAGUGUCGCUGUCACAACCAUGCUGACAGCUGCCAUUUUGAUCUGAGUGUCUGGCUGGCAUCAGGAAAGCGCAGUGGUGGAGUCUGUGACAACUGCAAGCACAACACAGAGGGGCAUCGGUGUCAAAGGUGUAAACCAGGCUACUACAGAGACAGAGGGAAACCCAUGUCUUCUACAGAGGUCUGCAGACCUUGUGCCUGCCAGCCAAUGGGUUCAGUCAACGCAACUUUCAGCAGGAGCUGGCGAUGCCACCCCAAGACAGGAUUCUGCUACUGCAAGCCAGGCGUGGCAGGGCCCCACUGUGACAGAUGUCUCAUGGGCUACUGGGGCUUCGGAGAAAAUGGCUGUCGCCCUUGUGACUGUGCCAGAGACUGUGACCAGCACACUGGAAACUGUUUCAAUGGCUAUGAGAACAAUCCAUUCUUUAACAUCCCCAUUGGGGGACAAAUCCCUGACCUGGUGCAAAUGCCAACCAACGAGAGUGAAGAGGAGUGGAAAUGGAAUGACCAUGAGCAGGGAUUUUCUGCACUGAGGCACCCAGAAAAGUGUGUGUGCAAAGAAAAGGUGCUUGGAAGUGUCACUGACUUCUGCCAAAUGAAAUAUGCUUAUGUGAUAAAAGCAAGAAUCCUAUCAGCUCAUGACAAAGGGACCCAUGCGGAAGUUAUUGUGAAAGUAAAGAAGGUGCUGAAAUCAGGCAAAGUGAAAAUUUCUCGGAGCAACAGAAGCAUUUACCCAGAAUCCUGGACCAACAGGGGAUGUACAUGUCCCAUUCUCAAUCCUGGUACUGAUUAUCUUAUAGCAGGCCAGGAGGACUCUAGGACCAGCAAACUCCUUGUGAACAUGAACAGCCUUGUGAAACCCUGGAAAGCAUAUUUGGGAAAACAAGUAUCAGAUAUUCUUCGAACUGGGUGCAAAUAA